AUGACACCCAUCCACCGGCUCAACAACCCCGGUCCACUGCAUCGCAGUAAUCACCGGCAGCCCGCAUGUGGAGCUAAAACUGCACGAUACGAUUCCCACGCUGCUGCCAUGGAUGAAUUGCAUGGAGGGAAUGCGAAUCCGCACGCUUUUUCGCCUCAUGCACUAUGUCAAGAGUCCCUCACCCAUCAAAAAGCCUUGGUCAAUACAGGCUCAUCACGUUUGCAAAUGAGUAGUCAGCCGGGCUUCGCGCCAGACCAUAAUGGCUGCACCCGUCAUUAUAGCUCCGGAGUAGACGACGUUCAAGACUGCCCCAGGCAACAGUGUGCAAGAGGUAGAGCUGUGCCUACCAAUCUUGCAUUUCGGCUCGCAAAUCGAUCCAAUGGCGUUCCUCUUGCCACAAUUGUUGAGCAAGGUUCCUGCUCCACGCUAAACUCCCAGGGCUCCCUCCUCAGUCCCUGUCCGUUUGCCUCGUUGCGGGUGGUGAAAAAUACGUCACCUAACUACCAUGUUUUACCUAAGGCCUCGCCGGGUCUCGAUAGGCGUGCUCUCCAGCUCAAUAUAGAAAAUGGGCAGCCAGAGUCAGUUCUAGAUCCAACCACUCGAGAGUUUUCCAAGCCAUCUUACAAGGAUGUCGGCAGCUUGUCUCCGCAGGAUAAAACCACCACCCCAUCUUUACAGACCAUUUUGGAUCGUCCACGAGCUUUACAACAUCAAACAUGGGAGAUAGACUGUGACAGAAAUAGCAAAAAUGUCAAGGAUCUUGUCCGUUGUGUACUUCACAACGUCCGAGCUGUCUCACGAACCCGAUCCAGGUCGUCCUCAACGCAUACACCUAUCGCUGAGCAUCCUCAUAACCGGCAAGAGACGAGAGAUUGUACCCCAAAUAGUCAGGUUUGUGGCCCUGAUAAGUUCAAGUCGGAAAAUAAGGUGUUGGCUGCACUAGCUGGUGUACCCUCUGCGCCCCUGGGCGCGACUCAACUGCCAGCUCAUCAACAUCAAAGCAGGGAUAGGUGGGCUCUGAACACAGCCUUUAAACCUUCGGCUCGUCUAGACUUGCUCUCGCACCAGGAUAUGCUCUCGUCACACACCCAACUCGGAGCGACACAUCCGUUGUCAAAACCUUCGAUUGGAAAAGAGGGUUGUCACGACAAUGUCUCGAAAAUCUCAGCUCAAAGAGGAAGUUCCAGUCUAGAAGGGAAUACCUUUUAUGGUGUCUCUUUGUCGAGGAAUGCCACUCAUUCCUGGAUAGAGGUUGAUCGUGCAGGGGACGCUAGUCAAAAUGCCAGCUUUUGUAGCACUGUAUCCACAUCUUAUUCUGGUAGUGUAGUUGGUGUAGAUGUCGAUCUUCAACACGAAUUUCCUCAGAAGAUAUGCCAAUCGCCUUCAUCUACACCUGUAGCGCCGGUAUGGUUCACCCCCCAGGUGGCAGAGCCGGAGCGACAUGCUUCACUUUCUGGAUCUCCUGAAGCCAAACAGUCGCCGGAAACGGAACGGCCACGUCGGUCCAUCACCUCAUCUGCUCUGACGAAUCUGCUUCCAAUAGCAGAAGCCUCAGGAAUUGUUCGCAGAAACUACGAGACACCGAAAAUAUCAUUCUUUUCGCCAUCUGGUCGCCUGAUCCAGCCAGAGGGUAGUUCCUCACCCGGCACAACAAGCACUUCCGACUUCAGCGGCUCGCCCGUGGCCAAUGCAUCUGCAAGCAUAAAUCCUACCCCUGAUUCCUAUAAUGUAUUUCCAGCAACAUGUCUACCUCCUCCACGGCCUUCCCUGAGACCAAUGACGACUCUACCCACAUCUUCGGUACCGCUCCCUGCCAACUUGCGACACCACCACAACUACAGACGUCCUGAAAAGUCGCAGAUCAAUCCUGAAAUAGAACAUGCGCAUUCAUUCAACAAGACCAGUCUAGGGGUCAAAGGAUGCGACAGCAUUGUACAGACUAGGACGCUCCCUGUCAACACUCAGACGCGCCAAUCGUAUGGAAAGACAAAGGUACACUAUCAGCACAGAAGAGACAGGUCGGUAAGGUUGUUCAAAGGCAAUAUCAAGUCGAAGGUGAGGUCUCGUAAAGCCCGAUUGAUGACAGUCAUGAGCACGACGACUGUGAAAGGAAGAAAUCUUGGUAAGCAAGACGAAGUAAUCACACACGCUAGCAUGCCUCACAAACGGAAAUGUGUAUCCGUCGCUACUCCUGACAGGAAGCGCAUACCCAGUCGGCACGUAAGACGAGAAGGCAAGACAGGACUCCUCGGACCGGUAGCCGGACAUGUGUUGCGCAUCUGCUUCUGUCAGCCAUACGACGGCGCAGGCAAGCCGACACAUGAUGUCGCCGCGAAAACCUUUUGCAUAAAAAGCCACACUAGCGAGAUGCACGGAAAGUCAAACAAGGAAACACGUCCUAUAACCGCAACGGAAACGCACGUCGUAGACGCCGUUCUACCCAACGCUCGGGUCGUCACGGGGGUCAACCGGAAGAUCAACACCUCCAACCAUAUUCGCAUGCGGAUGAGCAGCCGCAGGGAAUACGGUAAUCUGACCAUGAAAUCCCAUCUUCCAUGUCAGACUGCACUAUAAUAACGCUACGAAGACUGUAUGCAAAUGUGUGUGUGCGUGCCGUAUGGGUGUGCGCGUGUGUGAGUGGGGGGUUAAUUAUGCGUUUCGGAUACGAACGCCGCUGUCCAUCCAGCAACCAUGGAAUUUCUCUUGUAGGCAUACUGCUUAUCCCCCCCUCCUCUUCUCUCACUCACAUCCCUCGGUUCCAAGAGAACCAGGAUCGGCACAUUUCUCUACCCACCUCUAGUCUCUUUUUUCUCUCUCUCUCUCUCUCUCUCUCUGUUUCCUUAAAUGACUGCAGGUGUGUUUUGUUGUAUUGAAACAUUCCCACAUUACGUUACAUUACAUAUUAAAGGAAGCAAUGAAAAACAAGCCAAUCCCAGUUCUUCUCUCAUGCACUCUUUCUCUCUCUUUUUUUCUUGGCUGGCUGACUGGCUGGAUGGCUUACUACUCCCACAACCACACCCACACGCCCCCCGUGCAUAAAAGAGCGU